CUUUCAUCCAGAGAGACUCAUACUUCAAUUACUUUGCUUAGUCUUUUUUUUUUAAUGUAAUUAUUUUUCUUUAAAUUAUACAACCAAGUAAAAAGCCCACCCACAGAAUAAUAUGACUUUUAAUAAAACUGUCAGAUUUUCUAUUACAGUAGUCUCAAAGACAAGGCUCCCCCCAAAAAAAGACCCCACUGAGUAACUGUAUCAUUCUAGAGUUAGUAGUUACUGUCAGAAACAGGGUAGGCAAAGAAAGAGCUAGUGUGAAUGUAGUUAAUGAUGCACAGUGACUAGACACGAUAAGGCUGGAAUCUAAGAAUAUUCAGUCAUACAGUGAAGAUCUAAGACAAACAGCUUCUUACCACAACUACCCUACGGUCAGCCAACCCUUCUCUCUUGACCCACCCUUCCAUGAAAACAGUUACAUCAGAGGGCGCCAAAAGCAGCAAACACAGGAAACCGCCCUCCAGCUGUUGCUAAUGGCCACAGCUGUCACUGUGUGGCUUGGUCUUCUUACUCUUGUUCUUCUUGUCCCUCUUCUUCAGCCCAUCCAUGUUAGCUCUCAGGAGGUUUCAACAGGCCAUCUGAAGCUCACUCACUUCUUUGGAACUCACCACGGUGCUGAUCUUCCUUUUCCCAUCGGUGGCUCUCAACAGAUGCUUGUUUUCUACAGGCCCAAGGCCCUCCACAGAACUCUUGCGUGGAGUGGGUUUGGUGUGACCAUCAUACUUCAGGGUAAUGAGCACACUGCCCAAUGACCGGCACUGCUCACUCUUGAGCAACACCAUCCUGGUCUCCUCAGGUUCUAACUGGGCCAGCAGAAGUCACUCUGCUUAGUCUUUUCUUAUUUAAAGAAGUUUUGGAAGACUGGAGCGCUAGCUGAAGAGUUAAAGGGUGCUUGCUAUUCUUCUGGAGGACCCAAGUUCAGUGUCACCAUCCGAGGGGAGGCAGCUCACAACCAAGAGCAGCUCAGUUUCAAGAGGUCCAGCAUCCUCUUCUCCAGCACCUUUUUCUGGCCUUUGGGGGCAUCCAAACAUAUGUGGCAUAUAUAUAUGAAAAUAGAUCUUCUUUUUAAAAGAAUAUUGGGGCUAAAGACAGAGCUGCUGUCUAGUGAGUGGUGUUUCCUUGUGAGCAAUGGAUAAGAUGAUGCCUCACAUGGUAACCAGUGCAUUUUAAUACUAUCUCCUUGUUGGCAACACCCAAGUAAGGUGCAGGCAGAGCACAAACCAAAGUAUAAUUAGGUAAUCUCUAACAAUUUGAUUUUGGUAUUUUAGUAUUGUGGGUUACGCAUAUAACCUCAUACAUACAAGUAAACACCACUCACUUCUAAUAAAAAAUCUCCCUUUGGGGAGCACGUAGCUAUAAAGCUCUCCUUAGAAUACAUGAUUUCUCAGCAGGACUCUAUCCUAAGAAUUUAGAUUAUGUAAUCAUAUGACUGGAGAGUAAUGAAUGUUUAUUUACAAACAUCAGUUAAAAGCACUUAAGUUAUAUAGACCAUUUCAAAAUCCGCUCUGUUGAAGGAGUACAUUUCUUAGUCAUUUUGUGGCUUAUUGCACUUCCUGUAACUGCUAUUGAUAAACUUCCUCUGCUGCAGAAACCAUUUCAGUGUGCUAGAGGAUCAUUUUUAAUCUGAACCAGCACCAUGUCCCGCUAGAACAAGAGUCACACUCUGCGAAAGGAGCCAUCAGGAGGAAACAUUCUGAAAUGGAUUCCAAGUAUUUCAUCUUAAUUUUGCUAUGCCAAUACCUUAACAACACAGUUUUCUCAGAGACAGAAGCAGUUACAACAGAGCGGCAAACACAGUCUACUCUACUUACAUCAUCAAUGUAUGUUACAACUAAUUCUCAAAACACAGCAGGGAAUGUUUUAAGUCAAACAACACAAGUCAACAUUUCUUCUGGACAACAAUUACUGCCUGCCAAAAUCACUCCUGGACAACCAACACCAGCUGCUUAUGUCUCUUCUACAGAACGAGUAUUGCACACUUCUGCAAGACCACUUGCUUAUAACAUCACCAGACAAGCAAUAUCAACAGUCAACAACUCCUUCUCACAAACAUCACUACCUGGGUUCACUCUGGCAAAUCAAACAUCACCUUCUAUCCAUAAUUCCACUGGACAACCACCAAGACCUCUUGUCUAUACUUCCACACAACAGCCACGGUCACCUGCUCCUACCUCUUCUGGAAAACCAGUACUACAGACUGUUCAUAAUCAACCCAUAAAACCAACACCAACUAUUUAUACACCUAGGACUAGCAACUCACCAAGGAACACACCACCAUUCACUUCAGAACCAACAAGAGGCAAAGGAACAACUGCACAUAAAACCAACCCCAAUGCAAUAGCUGCCAUAUUAAUUGGUGCAAUAAUAAUUUCUAUGUUGGUAGCUAUACUCAUGAUUAUACUGUGGAAAUACUUGAGGAAACCAGUUUUAAAUGAUCAAAACUGGGCGGGUAGGUCUCCAUUCGCUGAUGGAGAAACACCAGACAUGUGUAUGGAUAACAUUAGAGAGAGUGAAGGAUCCACAAAACGCACAUCAGUUGUUUCACUUAUGACUUGGAAACCAAGCAAAAGCACACUGUUAGCAGAUGAUUUAGAAGUUAAGUUGUUUGAAUCAAGUGAACACAUCAAUGACACCAAUAACCUCAAAACUGAGAGUGGAAAAGAUCAAAUAAAUGGUGUAUCAGAAGACAGUGCUGAUCGGUCAACAAUUGGUACAGCUGUGUCUUCUUCAGACGAUGCAGAUCUGACCCUGCCACCGCCCCUUCUUGAUCUGGAUGGGAACCUAUCUGACAAGCCCACAAUGGUAAUUGUAUCUCCUCUACCAAAUGAUUCUACCAAUUUCCAAUCAUCUCCAGACAGUCUAAAUCAAGCAUGUGAAGAUCUUAAUUCCAGUAUCAAACAGCCAUUUCUGCCACCCUCUGAUUCUAACCUGCCUAUGUUAGCAGUAGAUUUUAUAAACACUCAAGAGUCUAACCAUGAGACUCAGUGCCAGGAGUUCUCUACUCCUGACUUCCAUCAGGAUCUUACCGACUCGCUGCCACCACCACCUCCAGAGCUGCUGUAAAGUGACAGCUUGCUUUCUAGUCUGUCCUCCAUCCUGAAAUGACUCCAUCUUGUUCCUGCUCAUGGUACAUCACACGUAAUAUGACAACUAGCAGCCGACUAACUUCUGUUUAGGACCUACCUGACAUCUGAGUGAAGCUCACGUACACGGGUAGAUUAUUACAGUGGUAUAAUGACCAGCUAUAGAAUUUAUUUUUAAAGCAGAGUGCCUUUUAAAUAUGUGAAUGACACAUAUGUCAAUAACAUAACCAUUUUGGAAAUGUAAUCUAUAUAUACUUAUUGUUAUCCAAUAGAUUUUCUCCUUGAAAAGCUGUAUAUAAACUUGUGUUGACUAAAUAAAAUUUUGUUUUUCCAUCUCAAAAUUUUGGGUAUAGUACAAAUGAGAAGUUUUAAAUAGUCUAAGUUUUAAUACUUCAAAUACUAAAUAAAUAUUUCAAUUUAUGGGGAUAAGAAAUUAAAAUAUAUGUCUAAGAACAAGUCAUUUCCAGUUUUGGUUUUUCUCUGCUGAGUAGUAUUCCAUACUGGAAACACACAGACACAAAAUCAUAUUAAAACAUGAAAUCAGAGUGCUGUGCUGGGGAACAUUUACUCUGAAAAAAAUGAGGACCUAUCAAAAAUACACAAUUUUUCUUUCUUUUUCUAUAAUUAAAAUUGUAUGUUUCCAGUGCUUUACCUGGAUGUAUACAUAUGCACCAUAUAUAUGCCUGGUGCUUGGGGAGGUCGGAAGACAACACUGGGCACUGGGUCCCCUGGAACUGGAUGGCGUUACUGAUGUUUGUGAACUGAGACGUGGGUGCUAGGAAGUGAAUCCGAGUUCUGCAAGAGCAGUCGGUGCUCCUAACCACUGGGCCACUGUGACUCCUUUCUUCUCCUCCCUCCUCCCACUCUUCUUCAAAUGGCACGGUUCUUACUUCUUUUCUAUGCUGGGGAUCCAAGGGUGAAUAUGCAAGGACACAAGUGGCCUUUGGAGGUUGGAGGACAACUUGUGGGAGUUGAUUCUCUCCUUCCACCCCAAGGACAAAAUUCAGAACUCAGGUCAUUAGACCUGACAGCAAGCACCUGUUGUCUGAUAUUUUGAUUGCAUUCUGACAAGAAAAUGCUGCUGAAUUCCUUUAUUAACUGAAGUGGUGUGUUUCUUGUUAUAUAUUUUAUAC